GAGAGCAAGGGUUUUGAAAAGUCUUCAAACAGAAUCCGUACAAUAAGUCGUUUUCCGUUAAAGCUGAUUCACACCGAAUAAUACUCCUACCCCGCUCUGAUUACACGACUGCUCAAAAACCCUGCUCAACUCUCGCGUGACUGCCUCCGCUCUUCCCCGGUCUCUCUCCACCUCCGCCAACACCUCCCUUCUCUCUCUCCCAGCCUGUCAGUGCCGUAGCUAGUAUCGGAGGUUAACAAUCCUCUCCUAGACCCAGAGAGCGACCCAGCCUGCCGUAAACCUGACCGAGGCUUGGAACCCACUCUCAGCCAUGGCUACUACUAUCGUUACCUCCACCCGCUUUACCGAUGAAUACCAACUCUACGAGGAGCUCGGGAAGGGAGCGUUUUCAGUGGUGCGCAGAUGUGUGAAGAAGUCAUCAGGUCAGGAGUUCGCCGCCAAAAUCAUCAACACCAAGAAACUCUCCGCCAGAGAUCACCAGAAGCUGGAACGAGAGGCUCGUAUCUGCCGUCUGCUCAAACAUUCAAACAUAGUGAGACUACAUGACAGUAUCUCAGAGGAAGGCUUUCACUACCUUGUCUUUGACCUGGUGACAGGAGGAGAGUUGUUUGAAGACAUCGUUGCUAGGGAGUACUACAGCGAGGCCGACGCCAGUCAGUGUAUUAACCAGAUCUUGGAGAGUGUUCAACAUAUCCACCAGCAUGACAUCGUCCACAGGGACCUCAAGCCUGAGAACCUGUUGCUGGCCAGUAAGAUGAAGGGAGCAGCGGUGAAGCUGGCAGACUUUGGCCUGGCCAUCGAGGUGCAGGGUGACCAGCAGGCAUGGUUCGGUUUCGCGGGCACCCCUGGUUACCUGUCCCCUGAGGUCCUGAGGAAGGACGCCUACGGCAAGCCUGUGGACAUAUGGGCCUGUGGUGUUAUUCUGUAUAUCUUGUUGGUGGGCUAUCCUCCAUUCUGGGAUGAAGACCAACACAAACUCUACCAGCAGAUCAAGGCUGGGGCCUAUGAUUUUCCCUCUCCAGAGUGGGACACUGUUACUCCAGAGGCUAAGAACCUUAUUAAUCAGAUGUUGACUAUUAAUCCUUCCAAGAGGAUCACUGCUGAUCAGGCUCUCAAACAUCCAUGGAUCUGCCAACGUUCCACCGUGGCAUCUAUGAUCCACAGACAGGAGACAGUGGAAUGUCUGCGCAAGUUCAACGCUCGGAGGAAACUCAAGGGAGCGAUCCUCACCACCAUGCUGGUGUCCAGAAACUUCUCAGUGGGCCGGCAGCAUACCAACCCUGCUGCUGUGUCCUCCACCGCCUCGCUGGCGCAGGAAGCAUGCAAAAGUUUACUUAACAAGAAGGCGGAUGCUGCUAAGCCUACGACCAACAACAACAGUAAGAACAGCAUAGUGAGUGCCAUCAAUGCCAUGAAGGACAACAGCGUGGCCGCCGCACAAAUGGAAUCUCAAAAUACAGUGGUUGCUGCUGAUGGGGUCAAGGGUUCUACAGAGAGUAGCAACACAAAUGAGGAUGAGGAUAUGAAAGCGGACAGCGUUGUGAUGAUGAGUCAGGGAAGUGCUACAGACGAGAUGCCCUCUCUUCUGACCUCGUCUGACAACUCGCCUGCCACCGUUCCUCUGCAUGACGUAAAGCGCAUGGCGUGGAACGGCUCUGAUCAAAGCUCCAGCCCCGAGUCGGAGCAUGCUCAGUCUGCUCCGCCCGCCGCUCCACUAGGGAGCAACACUGUCCCUGUAACAGCCAAUACCACAGCACAGCACACUCGUAAGCAGGAGAUCAUCAAGAUAACUGAACAGCUGAUUGAAGCUGUGAACAAUGGAGACUUUGAGGCCUACACGAGGAUCUGUGAUCCAGGUCUGACUUCCUUUGAGCCUGAAGCUCUGGGGAACCUGGUGGAGGGAAUGGACUUCCACAAGUUCUACUUUGAAAACUUGCUGAGUAAGAACAGUAAGCCUGUCCACACCACCCUGCUGAACCCUCACGUUCAUCUGAUUGGAGAGGAGGCUGCCUGCAUCGCCUACAUCCGCCUUACACAAUUCGUCGAUGGCCAGGGCCGCCCCCGCUCCAGCCAAUCGGAGGAGACCAGGGUGUGGCAUCGCCGCGACAGCAAGUGGCUCAAUGUCCACUUCCACUGCUCUGGUGCCCCGGCCGCACCGCUGCAGUGAUCUGGUGUCCAAACACUCCAGUCGGAGUGUGAGUUUUGGGGAGUGUUUUCGGCUAGUGUGUUUUGGGGGCGUGUCCUCUUUGUGGAUUGGCCCAUGCCAGGAGCCCGGCCGGGCAAGACUGCACCCUCUCUGCAACACCAACCAAUCCUGUCUAUCCUUUGAUCCGCUGGGGGCCGGCCGAGUGUGGACUCCGCCCCUGUGGGAAUGAUGCAUGCAUCUGACGCCCAAUAGGAGGGCUUGUCCUUUGACCUCUGACCCCUCCCACCCGGCAGCCAUUUUGAGAUGAUGAGAGGAGCGGGGGGAGGAAGGGUUAAUGAACUUGUAAUGCCAGAUAUGACAAUGAGUUGUAAGUAUACAGGAUAAUAUAUGACUAGUAUCAGACAACACCCAACCCUACCAAGCAUUUAUAUAUACGUGGAAUGAGAGGAGAGGAGAAUGUGUGUGAUUUGUAAGAGGUGACAUGUUGGGUUUUGUAAAUGGAGAAUUCUGUACGGAAGGACAGUCGGUUCGAUCAGAAAGGAUGUAAUAACUUGAUGUAAGGAAACACCAAAGUGUACAACUGUAGGCUUUUUACACGUUUCUGUGUUUUUGCUGGUUUAGUUUUUUUGAGAGAAGGGAAGGUAGGGGGGUGCAUUCGAGAGCGGUUUUGUUUCUGUUGUGUUUUUAGCCUUGUGUUUACGUUGCGUUUCUGUGGACUGUGAGUCUGUUUGAGACAAAUUGUAAGUGACUGAGUUUUAAAAAGGGGUUUUAUUGUAAAAGUGAAGCUGCAGUGUGGCCUGUCUGUUUUAUCUGUCUGCAGUGGGAGAGAGGGACUUUUGGGAAAAGGCGUCUGCAUUUGCAUGUUUUCUCUCGCUCUCUCCCUUUCCUCACCCCUCUCCAUUUCACUCUCCCACCCUCUGGCUGUGUUUUAGAUGGUGUGUGUGUGUGUGUGCGUGUGUGUGCGUGUGUGUGCGUGUGUGUGCGUGUGUGUGUGUGUGUGUGUGUGUAUACGUCUAAGAGACUCAUUCAGAGUGCACGACAAAGGGUUGAACACGAUCUGGUCACACACACCAGCCGUAGUCCCAUGUUCCUGGCCCCAUUUUGACAUAACCUCUGACAUCUACAUGUGGUUGGCGCUGGGUGACGAUCAACAAGUCCCCCUCAAGGCGCUCACACGUCAACACAUGCUCGCCUCCCGCCCAAAUUCUUACUCUAUCCUCACGUCCUGAGCCUCCAGUCUCACACGGUCUGUGUAAAUGCAUAUCGUGAACUCACUUGCUCACAACUACACACUGGUGUGUGUCAGGUGUUGUAACAUAUCUUCACCGCUGCACCGUCUCAUGGUGAAACCCUGGCAGUGUGUUUUCAUCUGUUCUUUGUGCGCUGUCCCUCCAUUAGUAACAGUGCCCUUCAUUCUCCCCAUUUGUAGAGCGGUGUUUGUUUCUCUGUUUGAAUGUGUCUCUCUCUCUGUGUGUCUGUCUCCUGGUUUGGGUUUUGUUGACAAGGUUUUUGUUGUUUUUGUUAUCACACACACUAAAGUUACGCCAACAUUUAACUGAUCAGACUAGCUGGUUAUAAUAUCACAGGGAAGGAAGGGACUUAAUCAAGAUCAGUUGUUGAGGAUAGAAAUCUGUUACACAGGAAAAAGGGAAUAGAGGGUGAACGUGGAAACAACAUAAUCAAUUAAAAUAAACAGUAAAUGUAUUCAUUUAAUUUCACCCCCUCAGUGGUAUUUCAGUCCUUAUAUUGGCCAUUCAGGUGAGAGAAGAGCGGUAGUGUUCAGAGAUCACAUAAUUAUUUGUGGAAUUAAACCAGAGAGAGCUGUAUGCAUGUUUUCAGUUUAAGCAUCUCCACCGUGCACCUACCUGAACUAGGGUAGAGGAUAGGGUAUAUACUAACUAUAUCAUAUUUGCAUCUUUUGAAAUAAAAAUGAAAAACCCGCCUCAAUCCAGAAUAUUGAAUAGGUGACAUGAGAUUUAAAAAUAUAAUACUAUUUAAUUACAAAAAGGAUUGCGGAGCCUUCGCUUGGUAUGAAGCUCAUUGUCAGUACUCUCCCUGCGUUGUGAUGUUAACCUGUCAGCCUGCGCUUUCUUUCCCCAGCAGUCGUUGGACGCUGGACUUUUCUUUUUGUUGCAUGAUCAUGAUGUACGGUAAAAUAAAACCAUGAAUUGAGGACGAUCACAUGUUUGUCUCAAUGUUAGUAGGUCCUUUAUCAUAGCUUUGUUAUUCAACUUGGAUCUUGAAAGUAUUUAAUAAAAAUAUUUCAGCACCG